GUCAAUAGCUCAAUCUGCGAUAACAAUAUAAACAACAGCCCCGUACAAACAGCAGCAGCAAAUUUAGCGUAUUUUCUUGUUCAAUUAUCACCUUAUCAGCGAUGGAUUCCGACAUGAUCGCGUAAUUACGUGCGAAAAUGUCAUCCUUUACCGAGUCGCGCGCUGGCGGAAGUUUGGGCGGUUUGAUCGGUGUCGGUGGUGCGGGAACCGUCGGCAGCGAGCCAUUAUGUCUGCAGCGCAAAAGUUCCUGGGUGCGGGAGUACCGCGAUCUGCAGGCGAACGUAAUGUCCGUCGAUUGGACCGGUUCGUGGAUACUGCUGGCCGGUCGGCGACUGCUCGCCCUGCAGUCACUGCGUGACUACGAGUGUACGGACGCCAGCAACCCGCGCAUGGACGAUACGAUCGACUGUGGGCUGCGAAAGUUUCAGCGCCACUCGAAGUAUGAGGUGACGGCCGCCGAAUGGGCCAUCUGCCAGAACAGUCAGGAGUACUGUGCGAUCGCUACCUGCCAGCAGAUCGAGGUCGUCACGUGGCGCUCCGGCGAACCGACCCUGCAGCACUCGCUUCGAGCGCACACCCGAAUGAUAACGGACAUCGACUGGCACUCGAAGGUGCCGCACCUUCUGGCCAGUUGCUCGAUCGACACGUUCACGCAUCUGUGGGAUCUGCGCGAUCCCCGGAAGCCGGUACUGUCGCUGAGUGCGGUCUGUAUGUCCGGUGCCAGUCAGGUGGGUUUUAAUCGGGUCUCGGGGAAUCUGGUCGCCACGGCCCACGAUGGCGACCUGCGCAUCUGGGACCAGCGCAAAGGUUCGUGUCCGAUACAGUACAUAACGGCGCAUCUGUCGCGCAUCCACGGUAUCAACUGGAGCCACGAUCACGAGACGAGCCUGUCCACCGCUAGCCAGGACGGUACGGUGAAAUACUUCGACAUAAACAACCCGCGCCGGGCGGAGAAAAUCAUCACGACGUCCUGUCCAGUGUGGCGGGCCCGGUACACCCCGUUUGCGGACGGUCUGGUUACGACCAGCGUUCCGCAGCAGGGGCGCGGCGAGAACAGUCUCCUGAUGUGGAACAACUCCAAGCAGGACGCGCCCAUUUGCGCGUUGGUCGGGCAUACGGACGUCGUGCUGGACUUUGCCUGGGGCCGGAAGGACAUUCACGAUCCCGAGCUGAUUACGUGGUCGCGCGACCAAACCAUACGCAUCUGGCGCAUCGACGAGGAGGUACGGAAGCUGUGCGAACGCUACCCACCGGACGAUGACGACGGGUUCAUGAUCGAGGAGGCUGGCAGUAAUGGGGGGAAUGGCGGAGGCCUACCCAGUAGUUCCGGCAAAUUUACGCUGUCCGGCUGCCCGAAGAGUCCGAUGCGCGAGAAGCAACCGUCGGUUUCGUUGCAGCACGAAUUUUCGCUGCUAAACCCCAACAUUCCGCACAUCGACAUUGAGGUGCUGGAUCCGAUCAAGCGUACCGCCACCGUACGAAUCUCCGUCAAUGGGUACGUGAUCAUGUUGCAGGUGAACUUUCCACCGCUCUACCCGAACAACGGGACGGUGCCGGAGUUUCACUACUGUCAGGGAACUUCGCUGGACGAUGCGCUUUCCGUGACGCUCAUGAAGGUUCUGCGGACCACCGCCAGUCAGCGUGUGAAAAAGGGUCGCACGUGUCUGGAGCAGUGUUUGCGGGCGUUGGUGAAUCAGCUGAAGAAAUCGUUCAACAAUGGAGAUCGCCAUCUGCGGCUACAGUCGCCCCGGCUGGAAGGUGCGCUCAGUAGUGCACUGCACGAUGCGUGUGUACCAUUCCCCAAAACCUCUGGGGUUCGGUUUAGCCAGGUGGGCAUCCUCGUAACGUUCUCGCGUCCGCUGAACACGAAACGCAUUAGCUUGAAGCAGCAAAACACGACACCGAGAGCACUGUCGGCACUGAGCGGUGGUUAUCUGGGGAACGUGAUGGGAUCGCAACCCAUUCUGUACGCUCAUCGGGAUCCUAGCACGUCAUCGUUUUAUCUGCCGGAUAGGAAAUCAUCGCGCCACCGAGGAUCGUCGGUCAAAAUCAACGUAUCGCCCGUGCACGUAUACGACGUGUCGAAGAUCCUCUACGUAAGUCGCGAGCUGGCGGAACACUACAUCAUCAACACCACAAACGUGGCCGAAAUGUGUCGCCAUAAUCGUGCCGCGGCGGAAAAGUACGGUCGACCGGAUCUGGUACAGUGCUGGUCGCUGGCCGAAAUGAUCGCACAACCGAGCACCGAGUUCGAGACGGACGACGACAUGCUGUGCGCUCAGAAUCCGUUCGCCAAAAGUCUCCUGGAGUCGCUCAUUCAUCACUUUGCCCGCAUCCACGAUGUACAGACGGCGGCAAUGCUUUGCUGUGCGUUCGGUCGCCACUGCCCAUCCGCACUGGAGCUGUCGAUGAGCUCCAGUUCGAGCAGCAAAUCCAUUAACCAAAGUCACUUACUUAGCGGUCAUCGAAAAAUUAAGCCAAGCGGUUCACCGUACCACACGAUCCUUCCGGUCGAUCCAUCCUCCAACCAGGGCUGGAUACUGGCCCAGCAGCUGAAGCAUCUGCGCAGCAACUCGUGGUCCGACUCGCUGGAUGAUAUACGGCUCGGCGGAUCAUCGUCGGCGGUCGUCGGGUUCGGCGGUGACAUCGGCACCAGGUGCUUGCUCGGCGAUAGCAACCGCUACCUGUACGAUAACUUCAAGCGAAGCUACGCGGAAAUGCUGUACCGGUGGGGGUUGCUGGUGCAGCGGGCCAAAGUGCUCAAGUAUCUGUCCAGCUACGUCGACACACCGCGCUGUGUGGAGUUUGUGACGGAAUGCUUAAACUGCUGCCGGGUCGGAGCGCCGGCCUGUGCGAGCUGCAAGAAGCCGGUACUGUACUGCAGCCUGUGCCGUUUGCCGGUGCGCGGUGCGGCGAACGCCUGCCUGCACUGUGGCCACGGGGGCCAUACGGAGCAUAUGCGGAUAUGGUUCGAGCGGCACGACGUGUGCGCUACCGGGUGCGGAUGUCCGUGUUUGAGCAAAAGUUCAAAGCUUUGUAAUUUGUAGAUUCCAUCGGGGGAACAUUGUUUGUACAGUUUGAUGAGUCGUAGGACAUAUGGCAAGUUGUUGUAAAUGAAACUGUUUUGUUUGAAAUUCGAAUCAAAGAUCGUACACGUGGUUUCGGAAGGAAAUGUUAAACUACUAUUCAAGACCGGCCGUGUCGUUCUUGUUUAUCAAUUCUUUAUUUGCUUAAAGAUACGCCUUAAUGUAAUGUCAUUUUUACUUCCCUUCCAACUCCGAUGUAUGCCUCUUGGUUACUAUUUGUUCUACACAGUCUUCAAAGGUAAACCUCGAGCUUUCGCUCGAUAAACUUGCGGCACAGCGGACACAGCGGAUUGUAGUAACACAGUUCUCUCGCGCAGGCUUUACACACACAAAGAUGCCCGCAGGGAAUGAACGCAACGGUACGCUCAUUGUCUUCGCAGAUGAUGCAGUUUCCUACCGUCGAACGAUUGCAGUCUUCUUCAGCCCGAUCGGGUCGUCUCACGCUACCGGUAGCGUUCCGAUUUCGCAUUCUGUAUACAUUCCACAGAUAGUUGACCGUCAAGCUGUACGUUCGUUGAAGUUUGGGCCGUACGAAACAGUACCCAGAGUGUACCAUCUGCUUAAAGUAAUUGAGCGUUACUACCAUCGGUUUCGGGUAUUGGUAGAGAAGCGCCAGCAGCAGCAAGCCCCAGGCCGACUGUGCCGGUACCUCCUGGCAAAUGAACUGUUUCACAGUGAGCAGUGCAGCGACCAAUGCAUCGCCCAAGUUCCGUGCAGCUUGUUGCAGUAGUUCCCAUCCAUCGCCCAGCUUUGCAUCGAUCAAAACCAUCACCUGGUAUGGGGCGGUGAACAGCAUCCAUACCGCGUCUCCGGUCAGUAUCAGGGCCUGCUUUACACCCCAAACGCUCAGCUUCAGCACCGACAGAAAGGCGAUUGUUCCAUUGUAAAUUGCUCGGCCGACGAAGAGAACGGCACUGGCUACCUUUCCGAUAUUGGUGAUGAAAAACUGGGACGUACCGGCGAGGAACGCUUGUGCAUCCUGGAUUAGAUGGCGAUUGUCUUCGUAGACGAUUUGCGUGAAGGCGGUUACAUUCUGCAAACACCACAGCACGAUCCACGCUACAUUGUGGAUGAUGUAAUAUAGUAUAUAGCCGGCGUAGCUAACAAUAGUGACGAGUUGGUGCACCAGGCAGUAAAAGUUGUAUAUAAAGUCGCCUAUUGCGGCCAGUACCAUCGUGGCACUCGGUUUGAGGUGGUGGUGUUUUCGAUCCCUCACUAGUAGAUUGCUUAUAGCUUUGUUUUUGCCCUCACAGGACUACUGCUGCUACAUUUUAAGAUCAAAUCGUUGGAAAAGAUAGCGAUUUAGCAGAACGAACGAAAGAUAAACAAAACAAUCCAAAACGAAA